AUGGUUUCUUCAAUCCAAAUCUUUCUUCUCGUUGCAUUCUUCUCUACAAUAGUAUUCUCAUACUCUGUUUUGCCAGAAGGAUUUGAAGAUUAUUUGGAUGGAACUGAUAGGGAAAUGAGAUUUAUCGAUGAAAUCGGUCGAAAUGAGAAUGCAAUUCGUUUGAAACGUGAUUCUCUUUACUAUGCGCCAUUCAACAAACGCAACAGUUUGAAACGUUUGGUUAUUUUGUCGGCACGUGGAUUUGGAAAAAGAUAA